CGCACAGGUUUCACCCACUUGUUGAACAGGAGAGUUUCGGCCGACCAAUUUGGUCUUUUCACUCGGAUACGGUACACGUUACGGUGGCAGCAAAAGUCGUUAACCAUAAUCUACGAACACGCCGUUGUGUGAGGGUGUGCUUCUAAGUGUUCAAGGGAAUCGCAUUUUAAAGUGAUUUGUUUGAAGGCAGCGAAUACGUUUUUCUGUUCAAAUUACAACAGGCAAACAAGUACAACAACCAUCUGCUACAAUAUGUUAUCGAUGGAUAAGCGCCACAGUCGCGUAGUUGUCGCGAUGGUUGUGUACAUUUCCCUGUUCCUCGACAACAUGCUGCUCACAGUGAUUGUUCCCAUCCUUCCCGACUAUCUGGUGCAGUUUCACGCGACCGUGCCAGCGAGCGUCAUCUACAAAAACUUCAGCCUCCACUACGUACCGAAGCUGAUCGGUGCGGUAAGCGACGGGGCGGUCAUCGUGCAGCCCACCAGCCCACCCGCCGAUCAAACGAUUGAGCAGGAGAACGGCUCCAUCGGCAUCCUGCUCGGGGUGAAAGCGCUCGUGCAGCUGGUAGCGAACCCGCUGGUCGGCAACGGAACCGCCCGCUUCGGCUACUGCAUUCCGAUCACGUUCGGCACCGUGAAUCUGCUGCUGGCGUCGCUGAUCUUUGGCUUCGGCACGUCCUACACCUCCCUGUUUGUGGCCCGUGCCAUCCACGGGCUCGGGUCGGCCUGCAUUGGCGUGUGCGGGAUGAGCCUGGUCGCGCAGCUCUACACCGCCGAACCGGACCGCCGGUCGAAGGUGAUGGGCACGGUGCUCGGCGCGAUGGCGGUCGGUGUGCUGGUAGGCUAUCCGUUCGGUGGCAUUGCGUACGCAAUGGCCGGCAAGGCAGCACCCUUUCACGUGCUUGCUGUCCUGUGCGCGGCCAAUCUGGUGCUACAGUACUUCCAGCUGGAUCUCAGCCCGUUCCGCCCCGUCCAUCCAUCCGGCCUGCCGCGGGAUUCAUCCUCCACCAACACGACGGCGAUGGCGAGGCGCGCGACAUGGUGGCCACUGCUCAGCAACCCACUGAUCCUGAUGGUGGUGGGUGGCAUCUGGAUCUCGACCUCCGCCAUGGCCAUCCUGGAGCCAUGUCUGCCCAUCUGGAUGAUCAGCCAGCUGCAUCCGAAGAAGUGGCAGCUCGGCACCGUUUUCAUCCCCGACUCGAUCGGAUACUGGGUGGGGACGAACUUUUUCGGCUCGGUCGCCUAUCGGUUCGGACAGAUUCGGGUAGCGAUCGUCGCGCUGGUGCUGGUGGGCAGCUCAUGCAUUCUGCUGCCCUCCGCCAACACGGUGGCGGGUCUGCUGUUGCCCCAUCUGGGCCUCGGGCUGGGGAUUGGGGUGGUGGAUGCGGCGCUAGUGCCACUGCUCGCCACGCUAGUCGACGCGCAGCUCGGCGGGACGACCGAGGACAGCGAUGGGCAGCUUAGUCCGGAAGGGGCACCGGGCGGCGAGCACGGCUAUGGGGCGGUGUAUGCGAUCCAACAGAUAGCGGUCAGUGUGGCUUACUCGCUCGCCCCGAUUGUGGGCGGUGAGCUAGUGCCCGUUAUCGGGUUUGCCACGGUUUUACGCGCCCUCGGCACACUGAACUUACUGUACGUGGUGCUGCUCGCCUGUUCCUCUAGCCUGCGAAGUGGGGGAAUAGGGACGGCACUGCUUCCCGGCAGCUGCAGCAAACAGACGGCUCUACCGCUUGCCAACAGUGAGCCGACGACGUACAGGCGCUUUUACAACAGUGUCGAGUAAAAGGGGAAGACAGGGGGGCGAUCAAUCGUGCGUGAAAUGGAAUUGGUCUUUAUCUCGUGCCAGCCAGACGCUGUCGAUACUUUAAGCCCGUUCAAUAAGGCCACCGUCCACGAUUGAACGAACGAAUGGAACCAUUCGGCGGAAUGCUUAAUCUUUAAAAUAUACACAGUGAGUUGUGAAUGUAUGUGUGUGUGUGUGUGUGUGCGUGUCAUCUCCUACCGUAUUUAAACCUCGUAAAAAUAUAAAGCAAAAAUUUAAAAAAAUGUAACAAAACAAACCUUAAACGCUCGAACGUGAUAAGGGUUUGAGUGUUUUUUUUUCGAUAUGUUUAGUUAUCGUGUGAAAGUGAACUGCUGUUCACGUUUUGAUGAAAUGGGUUGUUGAGUGGACUGUUCAUAUUUUAAGAUAAAGCUACUUCAUACAUCACUUAUCACGCUUGCACCACCGGUACAGUGGUCGGCAAAAUACAGUGCCCACAAUUUUCCAUUUUUUCCUAAU